GCGUCUUCCUGUUCGAUGAGCGUUUUGGUCUAUGUUGUCUGUUCGUUCAAUUCAAUCUCCCUCAGUCUCAUCCAAUCCCUAAUUUUUCUGCUUCAGUUUCUUCCUUUCUUUCCCAAUUACCUGAAUUUUUUUUUUCCAAUUUUCUAUCUUUAGAACCUCAAAUUUAAACUUCCCCACUUCUCCAUUUCCCCUUUGGUUCUUCCUGUUUCUGUGAGAAUCCAAUUCCCCCCCCCCCCCCCCCUUUUCUUGCCCUUCUUAAAUCCCCUCUAGGUUUCUUCUUCCUCUCCUCCUCGGAUCAAUCGUCCCUCAUUUUCUUGUUCUUCACAAGGCGACAGAUCCCCGAAGCCUCUCCCAGGGUUCGUGUGGACUUUAAUUUCAAUUGCCUUUUUAGUUCUUUGGUAAAUUUUAUAUUUCUUGAUCCAUUUUGGGCGGAAAUGGGUCGCUAGCCUUUUUCAUUUUUAUUUUUAUUAUUAUCGCUACUAUUGUUUUUUUUUUCCUCUCUUGGAGGUUACGUUACUUCAUUGAUCGUCUUGUUUCUCUGCUUUCUGAUGGUCUUUGAAUCUAGAACUAUGGCUAUGUUGAUGUGAUUUCUUGUCCCUUUUGUUCUUUUGAGUUUUGAAGCCCUAGUUUUGGCCUUUUGAUUUAAUCCCUUCUUCAAAAUGUCGUCUACGGGUGUCAUUGCUCUUUGUCCGGCUCGCAAUGAGCAUUUAGUUUCUCAUAAACGUCUAAUUACUCCAUCUGCUUUGCAAUCUAACGAGUCGAUUUGGAUAUAUGUUUCUGUUUCGGGCUCGAUGAGUCCCAUGCCCAUCUUUGCGUCGGAAUCCAUUGAAUCUGUGAAGUUGAGGAUCCAAUCUUGCAAAGGAUUUGUGGUGAAGAAACAGAAGUUAGUUUGUGGAGGUCGAGAAUUGUCUCGGAAUAAUUCGUUAGUUCGCGAUUAUGGUGUUACGGAUGGAAAUGUGUUGCAUUUGGUGCUUAGAUUAUCAGAUCUUCAGGUCAUCAAUGUCAAGACUUAUUGUGGGAAAGAGUUUACCUUCCAUGUGGAGCGGGAUAGAGAUGUUGCGUAUGUAAAAGAGAAGAUUGCUACGAAGGUAAAGGAUUUUGUGGACGUUGUUGAUGAGCAUGAAGUAGUGUGUGAUGGAAAGCCACUAGAUGAUCAUAGCCUUGUAGACGAUAUUUGUAAUAGGCAGGAUGCAGUCAUACAUUUGUUUGUUCGGAAGUCUGCAAAAGUACGGGGCAAACCCGUUGAUAAGAACUUUGAGCUCUCUAUUGUGGCAUCAAAUUUCGAAGAACAGUGUAAAUCUGAGUUUUCUAGGGAAAAUAACCAGAAGGUAUACAAAGAGGAUAAGGAAGCUUAUAGGACAAAGUAUGAAUAUGACAAAGAAAUUGCACCAAGAAGGCCGUAUCCCAAUGGAGGUAGUGUUUUGGAGCCCAUUGUGGUUAACCCUAAGGUUGAAUUACCAAUACCCAUUUGGGAUAUGGUGAACUCUACUGUAGAUGGCUUAGACUGUGGGCAUUUUCCAGUUAGGUCUUUGGAGGGAACUGGUGGAGCAUAUCUUAUGUUAGACCGGUCAGGAAAGAAGUAUGUAUCUGUUUUUAAGCCAAUCGAUGAGGAGCCAAUGGCCUUAAACAAUCCACGGGGCCUUCCAUUGUCAUUAGACGGUGAAGGGUUAAAGAAAGGAACCAAAGUUGGAGAAGGAGCAUUUAGGGAAGUUGCAGCUUACCUAUUAGAUCAUCCAAUAAGUGGACGGCGUUCAAUGUUUGGUGACAAGAAUGGCUUUGCUGGCGUUCCUCCUACAGCAUUAGUGAAGUGCCUUCAUGAUGGGUUCAACCAUCCUAGUGAUAAGUCAGUUAAAAUUGGUUCCUUGCAGAUGUUCAUGGAAAAUAAUGGCAGUUGUGAGGAUUUUGGUGCUGGUGCUUUCUCUACCAAGGAGGUGCACAAAAUUUCUGUUUUGGAUAUUAGAUUGGCAAAUGCAGAUAGACAUGCUGGAAAUAUUCUAUUGGGAAAAGAAAGAGAAGGGGGUCAAACUGUGCUUAUUCCAAUCGAUCAUGGAUACUGCUUGCCAACAAGUUUUGAAGAUUGUACAUUUGACUGGCUCUAUUGGCCACAAUCCCAGCAACCAUAUGAUGCUGAGACAUUAGACUACAUAAAUUCACUGGAUGCGGAGGAAGACAUUGCCCUUCUCAAGUUCCAUGGAUGGGACCUGCCUCUGGAGUGUGCACGUACUCUUCGCAUUUCAACCAUGCUUUUGAAGAAAGGGGCAAAGAGAGGGCUCACGCCAUUCGACAUUGGUAGCUUUAUGUGUAGAGAAACCUUGACGAAGAAAUCAAUGAUCGAGGAGUGCGUGGAAGAAGCAAUGGAUUCUUUGGUUCCUGGUACAAGUGAAGCAACGUUCCUUGAAAGUGUAUAUGAAAUAAUGGAUCGCCGCCUCGAUCAGAUUGCUGCUUCAUUGUCCUGAUGGGGAAAGCUAAAGAUCAUUUUUAGUAACUAAUAAUAGUUGUAAUUAAUUAAUUAAAAUAUGUGGAUAAUGCACAUAUACGAUGAUGAUAUAUAUAAUAUAUAUGUUAAUGAAAUAUUAUUAUGAUCUCAUGUAACGAAAUGACAGAACUAUAUCUGUUCUGCUUCUUUGUUCUUUGUAAUAGCCGCUGAGAAAGGGUUCUCGUUGGCUUUUUCAAUGGCACUUCUUUGGAAUUGCUGUUCUUAUUUUAUGCUUGUAUUUGCCCUCCUAAGGGGUCUUUCUCCUUUGGAGUUUCAAUGGAAAUUUAAUAAAAUAUUUAUGAAUUUUUUAAUAA